CAUACACUCCGGCAUUUGCUGACCUCUACAAAAUUAUCUUGAGUUUGAAAAAGUCAAACGUGUAUUGCUAUGCAAAUAGUCCGUCAUAUAGACCAGAUCGCGAUUAUCUUACUCCGUUGCAAGAGUCAGUCUUGGAUAUUUGUAUCAAGAUGGAUGUGACACUCCCAUGGUGA